CGAAAUGGCCGACGAGAACGACGACCUGCAGGCCGAGGAGGAGCUCCCUGCCCCAGCUGAGGAGAGCUUUGAGCAGCUGGAGCACGACAGCCCCGCCGAGCGCAGCGGGCACGUGGCCGUCACCGACGGGCGCCGCAUGUACGUCUGGGGAGGAUACAAGAAUGCCCAAGUUAGGGGAUUUUAUGACUUCUAUCUGCCUAGAGAUGAAAUAUGGAUCUACAACAUGGAAACUGGAAGAUGGAAGAAGAGCAAAACAGAGGGAGACAUUCCCCCCUCCAUGUCUGGGAGCUGUGCUGUGUGUGUGGACAGAGUGGUGUACCUCUUUGGAGGGCACCACGCGCGGGGCAACACAAACAAGUUCUACAUGUUGAAUUCCAGAUCCACGGACAAAGUGCUGCAGUGGGUCAGAGUGGAGUGUGAGGGGGUGCCCCCUUCCUCCAAGGACAAACUCGGAGUUUGGGUUUACAGAAACAAGCUGAUAUUUUUUGGAGGGUAUGGUUAUUUUCCUGAGGGGAAACAACGGGGAACGUUUGAAUUUGAUGAAACCUCUUUUUGGAAUUCAGGUCUUCCUAGAGGAUGGAACGACCACGUGCACGUUCUGGACACUGAAACUUUUACUUGGAGCCAGCCUAUAACUACGGGUAAAACCCCCUCGCCACGAGCUGCCCACGCCUGUGCCACCGUGGGGAACAGAGGCUAC